AGGUCGAACAAAAGGUUACAGCAAACGCAAGCCCAAGUGGAUGAGGUAAUUUCAACAUUUUGAAUGUGUUAAUACUGAUCUGUUUCGUUGGAACAGCCCCAUUUAAGAAUUUUUCACGUUGUAGGAAAUUCAUUUACUGCUUAAGUCUUCCGUCUUGAAUUUUCAUAUAUCUAAAACCUUUAAGUCUUCCGUCAAGUUAUCCUCUAUCGUUUUCUAACGUUGUUAUUCCAUCGAAGCUCGAAUUGAAUGCUUGACGUAUUUGUCUUUUGACUUCUAUCAGGUCGUCGACAUCAUGAAAGUGAAUGUCGACAAAGUGUUGGAGAGAGAUGCUAAAUUGUCAGAACUUGAUUCUCGAGCAGGUAGGGAAGGGAGCAUGGUCUGUUAUUAUUUGUGGGCGUUUAAACUUGUUUACCGGGCAAGUUUUUCGUAACUCUUGUUUCUCUGUAAAACAUAAUCAAGAAAAAUUUUUAAAUUUUGUUGAAAAAUCUAUAUUGGAUAACUUAAAAUCAACCAUUCCAUGUUUUCAUGACUCAUUGUAAUGAGCGAUCCAUAUUAAAUAGUAUAAUCUUAGAUUGAAAUCAGUCAUUGUUAUCCAAAUGACGUAAGUUAACUUUUUCGUGCCUCUCAAAGUGGCAACAGUCGUAAUUUUAUUAAUUUUGUGAAUACUAGAGAUUAUUGUUUGUUAGUCAAAGUUUGAUUGCGGUGGCUACAGUUUUCGAUUAUUCUAUAAACAAACAAUCUUGCGUUGUACUAAUAUACUUGAUCAAUUACUUGGUCAAGGCAUGAAAACAAGUUUCGUGUUCUUUCCUUUACAAAUGAGAAUUAACAUACCAGAACUUAACGUGCCGUUUUUACAUUGUCAAGCACCGAAAAAUGUUUGUAAUUUUUACGCAAAUUCGUACUCAAUAUGGUAAUUAUAGAGCAUUCUACUUUUAGUCAGUUUAGGACAGCUGAGAAUUGGUGAUAGCAUUGGAAAUACUUCCUCAGUAAACAGGAAAUAAAACACAUCUUUACCAUUCUUGUGAUUUGUAAUAUUAGGUAGAUCCCUUUCUGAAUGUUUCUCAGAACAGUCACAAUUGCAUAUAUGUAUUUUUUUUAAUCAAGUGUAUUGCAAAUUUUUGCAGGAAUGCAAGUUACCCUUUGGGUUCUGUAGGAUGUUACUGUUAAAAAAAAAAAAAAACUCAAAGCCUCUUUGAAAGGUUGUUGACACCAGUUUUUGAAAGACAAGGGACUUUAAGAGUCGGUUGAAAUCCUUCAUCUCUUUGACAGUUUCCUUCAUAAUUUGUUUUUGGAGUUGAAAUUGUUUGAAAAUGUACUUCAAUAAGCUCAUCAGUCACCUUUCUAAAGAAUAAACAGAGCUACCUAGGAUGAUUGAGCACCUGCCAAAACAUUUGAGGAAUUUGAAGUGGAACAUUUUGUUGAAAUGGGAAUCCCUUUUGUGCACAUACGAUAUCUUUUAAAGUGGUCAUCAAACAAUUACAGUGUAUGUGUCUUUUAUCUGGUACUAAUUAUAAUUUGGAAAAGAAUUACAGGUAUGUUUAUUAAUUUAAAAAUAUCUGCUCGACAGUUUUACUUUUUAUAUUAAUCAGAUCAAUUGCAAGCUGGAGCAUCACAAUUUGAACAUAGUGCAGCAAGGUUGAAGCGAAAAAUGUGGUGGCAGAACUGCAAGGUAAAGUAAACGCUUGAACUUCCACAAGUGAUUAAUAAAGAAUUUCUCCUUACAAUAUCAAUACAAUACCUAGAAGAUACUGUAAGUGAUGGGAAUAAAGAAAAAUAUUAAUUAGGAGAUUAUUAGUUGAUCAAAUAUAAAAUUCUCCAUACUAAUAUCAUAAGAAGUGUAUGGUUUUGAUACUGGUUUUUUUCUUCAUUGAAGUUCAGAACCCACCCCAAUUACGCAAAUGAUCAUGAUCAUAGCUAUCAUACAGAAGCUACCUUUAUGGUGGGACUACUGUUACUGAAGUCACACUUAUUUACAAAUCUGUCAAAUAUACUUUGACCUUCAUUUGAAUUCUUUGUCAUCUUUGCUUACUUUGGUCCUUGGCACAAAUUGGCUCAAUGGAAUCUAGCUGGAAUCACAAUUCACUUCCCAUAAUUUGACAGCUUAAUUUUGUCUAAAUUACUUUAGUAAGGGUAGAGGCACUCUAAGACACUUUCACUCUGUAGUGAAGUACUCUAUAUCAUAGAGAUUUUUGUGGUUACAAUUAUCAUUACAUGACAAGAUAGUCACUGAAGAGUCGCUUUUGUAUAAAUGCUCUUUUUGCUGAAUUAUUUCCAGAAAGUGUGGAUACCAAUUGGAAACAUCAGGCUUGACAAAGUUAUAGAAUGCACGUCUGAUUUCCAUAGUUAAGUGUGUUGUUUUUAUUUCAUUCUGUCAGAUGUGGAUAAUUCUUAUUGUGGUGAUUGCUGUAAUCAUUGCAGCCAUUGUCAGUAAG